AUGUCAUUGCAACCACCCUCAAGACCAAUUCAGAAACAUGAUCAAAAAAAUAAUGAUAAUGUGUUACCUAGUAGAAUAACGCAUUCAUCAGAUGAUUAUGAAUUAAAUGACCAAGACAGCGUUGAAGUCCUUCAUGAAGAAAGUAUUGUCCAAGCUAUGGUCAUUGACAAAGAUAAAAUACUAGUUAAAACUACUACGUAG